AUGGAUUUGGCUGGGAAUAGUCACGAGUACUCAGAAGGAGCAACUAAUUUCGUGAAUUCAUCAGCAAGAAGAUUGGGAAGCAUGUCUGAAAUGCUAUGCCCUUGCAGAGAAUGCCGCAAUUUAAGCCAUCAGUUACUCGAUAAAAUAGUCGAGCAUCUAGUGAUUAGGGGUAUGGAUAAGAAGUAUAAGAGCUCUUGUUGGAGUAUUCAUGGCGAGACAAGAGAAUCUACACAAGACAGUGGUCUUCAAUAUGAAACGGAGGCAUUUGAUUUCUUUAAGACAGCAUUCUCUAUGGAUGAAGAUGGUCCGAAUCAGACGAAUGACAAUGUGGUGGAGACAAAUGAUGAUGAUGAAUCAGCAGAGGAAACUGAAUUUAGGAAAAAGUUAAGAGACGCUGAAUCGCCAUUGUACACGGAUUGUAUCAAACACACGAAGGUUUCAGCAAUCAUGGGACUUUACAGAUUCAAGGUUAAAAGUGGUGUGUCUGAGAACUACUUUGAUCAGCUGUUGGUUUUGCUUCAGGACAUGCUAUCUGAAGACAAUGUUCUUCCGAAGAGUAUGGAUGCAAUCAAGAAAUUUUUGAAGAUAUUUGGUUUCGGCUACGACAAUAUUCAUGCUUGCAAGAAUGAUUGCAUACUCUAUAGCAAGGAGUUUGAGAAGCUAGAAAGCUGUCCAAGAUGCAAAGUUUCAAGAUGGGAGAAAGAUAAGAACAUCAAUGAGUUAAAGGUUGAGAUUCCAGCUAAGGUCCUUAGAUAUUUUCUAAUCAAGGACAGACUUAGGAGGAUGUUUAGAUCAAAAAAGAUGGCUGAAGAUAUGCGUUGGCACUAUACCAAUGCCACUGAAGAUGGUACAAUGCGACACCCCGUUGAUUCUAUCUCUUGGGCACAAGUGAAUGAUAAAUGGCCAGACUUUGCUGUUGAACCAAGGAAUCUUCGACUUGGAAUUUCUACAGAUGGGAUGAACCCUUUCUCCAUGCAAAACACCAAUCACAGCACAUGGCUAGUGUUGUUAGUGAACUACAACACGCCUCCAACUAUGUGUAUGAAGGCUGAGAACAUAAUGUUGACUUUGUUGAUCCCUGGUCCAACAGCUCCUGGUAAUAACAUAGAUGUUUACUUAGCACCAUUGAUAGACGAUUUGAAAGAUUUGUGGGCUGAGGGUAUUGAAGUCUAUGACUCAUUUGCGAAGGAGAAUUUCACACUGAGAGCCUUGCUGCUUUGGAGUAUCAGUGACUAUCCAGGCUUAGAAACAUUUUCUGGAUGUAAAGUGAAGGGGAAACAAGCCUGCAAUGUAUGUGGAAAGGAUACACCUUCUAGGUGGCUUAAGUUCAGCCGUAAGUUUGUCUACAUGGGAAAUAGAAGGAGACUACCGCCUGACCAUCGUUACAGAUAUAAAAAAGCUUGGUUUGACAACACUGUUGAGGAAGGGAAUGCUAAUAGGAUACAAACUGGCACUGAAAUAUAUGAGACACUACAAGCUUUUAGGAAUGAUUUUGGAAGACCUCUAGAUAAGGAAAGUAAAAGAAAAAGAUCAGAGUUGGAAGAUGAUGAGAUGGUUCAAGAAGAAGAGUGUGAGGAAUCAAAUGAUCUCUGGCGGUGGAAGAAGAGAUCGAUAUUCUUUGAACCACCUUACUGGAAGGAUAUGCCAGUUCGCCACAAUAUUGACGUUAUGCACGUUGAAAAGAAUGUGUCGGAUGGUAUAUUGUCUAUCUUGAUGCAAAGUUCAAAGUCAAAAGAUGGUUUGAAGGCAAGAAAAGACUUAGAAGAUAUUGGAAUCAGAAGUCACUUGCACACAGAGAUUAGGGGUUCGAAAACAUACUUACCUCCAGCAGCGUAUUGGUUAUCCAAGAAAGAGAAAACCAUUUUCUUGCAAAGGUUAUCUAAGUUUAGAGGUCCUGAUGGUUAUUGUGGUAAUAUUGCGAAUAGUGUUUCAGUUAACCCUCCAAAUAUAUGUAGUUUAAAGUCGCAUGAUCAUCACGUGCUAGUUGUGUCAACGCAUCCUUCACAUGUGAAGGAAGAAGAUGGCUUCAUUCUUGUUAACCUUCACAUGAACCAAGCAGCUUAUCUGAAAGAUCCAUUCAUUCUGCCCUCUCAAGCAAAACAGGUUUUCUACUCUAGGGAAGAUGAUAAUUCUAAUUGGUAUGUUGUUAUAAGAGCACCACCUAGAGGCUAUCAUGAGUUGGAAACAUAA